UCUCUCCCCCUCUCUCUCUUCUCCCCUCUGUAAAUAACUACCUGACCAUCUACUCCCUCCCUCUCUCCCACUCAUCCACCCUCUCAAUUCAACCUCCCAAUCUCUCACAAUGGCCGCCACCUCCUUCAAGCUCAACACCGGCCAGGACAUCCCCGCCGUUGGCUUCGGCACCUGGCAGGCCGAGCCCGGCAAGGUCCAGACUGCCGUCGAAUACGCCCUCAAGGACGGCUACACGCUCGUUGAUGGCGCCUACUGCUACGGAAACGAGGACGAGGUUGGCGAGGGCCUCAAGGCCGCCUUCGACUCCGGCGUCAAGCGCGAGGACGUCUUUGUCAUGACCAAGGUCUGGGCUACAUACAACACCCGCUGCGAGCUUGCCCUCGACAAGAGCUUGAAGAGCCUUGGUCUCGACCACGUUGACCUCUUCCUGGUUCACUGGCCUCUCCUUCUCAACCCCGAGGGUAACCAUGACAAGUUCCCCACCAACCCCGAUGGCUCGCGAGACAUCAUCCGCACCCACAACCACGUCGACACCUGGAAGCAGAUGGAGAAGCUUGUCGCCACCGGCAAGACCAAGGCCGUCGGUGUCUGCAACUACAGCGUCAAGUACCUCGAGGAGCUUCUGCCCCACGCCACCAUCGUUCCCGCCAUCAACCAGAUUGAGAACCACCCCAGCCUGCCCCAGCAGGAGAUUGUCGACUACUGCAAGGAGAAGGGUAUCCACAUUGUUGCCUACAGCCCCCUGGGUAGCACUGGUGGCCCCAUGAUGUCCUCUGAGCCCGUCGUCAAGGUUGCCGAGAAGAAGGGCGUCUCUCCCUCCACCGUCCUCCUCAGCUACCACGUUGCACGAGGCGCCACCGUCCUGGCCAAGUCCGUUACCCCCGAGCGCAUCUCCGCCAACAAGAAGAUUGUCGUGCUGGACGCCGAUGACAUGAAGAUCCUCAAUGACUACUCCGAUGACCUCGCCAGCAAGGGCGAGCUUAAGCGAUACGUCUACCCUCCCUUCGGCAUCAACUUUGGUUUCCCCGACAAGCAAUAGACACUCACCCGGGUAUUGGAUGAGACAAUGAGA